GGCUUUUUAUUUUUUGUGUAUUAAUUUAUUUGAGUUUUAUAGUAGGUUUGGGUUUCGUUUCCCCCUCCCCCUUUUCUUGGAUUUUUUUGGAGGUUGAAACACCGGUUUGGUGUGUGAGAUUUUUUGAUGUUUUCUACGAAAUGUAUUUAUCUAAAGACUUUAGUUCAACACUUAUCCACAUUUUACCAUUUUUUGGUCAAAAUGUUAAACAGAUUUGGUUUGUACUCUAUAGACGCUGGAAGUUGGAUGUUUAGAAGGGUUGUUUUCCUCUCCGCUUCCCAUUUUUAAUAUCUGCUGCUUUAACUGAGUUUUGUUCAUGUAACUUUUUUUCUGAUGCUCAUAUUUUACUCAUCUACGUCCUCCAAAUGCCAACUGAGCUAAUCCUCCCAGCUUCGGUGUUGCUGCAGGGUAGUUAAUUAUUGAAACUGAGUAUAUAUAAUUUAGUAUGUUAUUCUCGCUAAUGUGUAAAAGUAUUUUGUGCUCUGAGGAUGAAACUCGCCUCAAGAAUACUACAAACAAAUACACUUGUUUUGAAAUCUUUACAGGUAUACUCAUUUGUUCUACUUUUCCUAAAUAAUUACUGAUUGUGGAUUGGAAUAUUUUCUGUCUUCCAUAAUCUCAAGUGUCUAAAGGAAAUGGAAGAAAAUCCAUCAUCUACAAUUUUUGAUGCUAAGAUAACAGGAAUCCGAUUUGGGUUCGCAACCAGUCAAGAAAUUUGUAAAGCAUCUAUUAGUGACUGUCCUAUCAGUCAUGCUAGCCAGCUGUCCAAUCCUUUCCUUGGUUUGCCUCUUGAAGCUGGCAGAUGUGAGUCCUGUGGGACUGCAGAGCCGGGGCAAUGUGAAGGUCAUUUUGGAUACAUUGAAUUGCCAACUCCGAUAUAUCAUCCUGACCAUGUUGGUGAACUGAAAAGAAUGUUAAGCUUGUUGUGCUUGAAGUGUUUGAAGGUGAAAAAUAGGAAGGUCAAGAAUAUUGGUGUUGCUGAAAGAGUGUUAUCCUCUUGUUGCGAGGAGACUUCACAAAUCUCAAUCAAUGAGUUCAGGACUACUGAUGGGGCUUGUUACUUGGAGUUAAAAAUACCAUCAAGAUCUGUUCGAGAAGGAUUCUGGAACUUUUUGGAAAAAUAUGGAUUUCGAUACGGGCGUAGCUAUUCUCGAGCUUUGCUUCCUUCUGAGGUGAUGGCAAUAUUAAAAAAAAUUCCCAAGGAGACUAGGAAAAAACUUGAUGCAAAAGGGUAUUUCCCUCAAGAUGGAUACAUCCUGCAACACUUGCCGGUCCCUCCAAACUGUUUGUCCGUGCCAGACGUUUCUGAUGGGAUAAGUACCAUGUCUACGGAUUAUUCUAUAACUCUUCUUAAAAAAGUGCUGAAACAAGUAGAGGUCAUAAAAAAUUCUAGGUCUGGAAUGCCAAACUUUGAAUCUCAGGAAAUCGAAGCCAAUGAUUUACAGGCAGCUGUAGCACAAUAUUUUCAGUUUAGAGGCACGGGCAAGGCAUCUCGUGAUGUAGAUACACGUUUUGGAGUCAAUAAAGAGAUAAAUGCUUCUUCUACUAAAGCUUGGCUUGAGAAGAUGAAAACUCUGUUUAUUAGAAAGGGAUCUGGAUUUUCUUCUCGUAGUGUGAUAACUGGUGAUUCCUUCAAAGGCGUGUCUGAGAUUGGUUUGCCAUUCGAAAUAGCGCAAAAGAUCACCUUUGAGGAGAGAGUAAACCAGCACAACAUGGAAUACUUGCAAAGACUGGUUGAUGAAAAGCUUUGUUUAACUUAUAGGGAUGGCAUGUCCACAUAUUCGUUGAGGGAAGGGUCAAAGGGGCAUACAUUUUUGAAACCUGGGCAGAUAGUGCACCGUAGGAUAAUGGAUGGAGAUAUAGUGUUUAUCAACAGACCGCCAACUACACAUAAGCAUUCCCUCCAAGCUCUGUCAGUCUAUAUUCAUGAUGAUCAUACGGUCAAGAUCAAUCCCCUCAUUUGUGGUCCACUUAGUGCUGACUUUGAUGGAGAUUGCAUCCAUUUAUUUUAUCCACAGUCUCUUGAAGCGAAAGCAGAAGUUGUAGAGCUUUUCUCUGUAGAGAAACAGCUGCUUAGCUCUCACACUGGCAAUUUCAACCUGCAACUGGGAAUGGAUUCACUUCUAUCUCUGAAACUCAUUUUCCAAAACUACUACUUGAGCAAAGCAGCAGCACAACAAUUGGCGAUGGUCUCCCCCAAUUCUUUACCUGGGCCUGCAGUGUUGAAAUCUUGUAAAGCUGGCCCUCUUUGGACUGCUGCACAGAUUUUGCAGAUCACUUUACCUCAUGAAUUUGACUGUUCUGGGGAGAGACAUACUAUUUGUAAAAGCGAGCUACUGAGAAUUGAUUUUAAUAGGGAUGUGAUGCAGUCCAUUGUCAAUGACUUAGUCACAUCAAUUUUCUUUUUGAAGGGCCCUAAGGCGGUUCUGGGGUUUUUUAACUCUCUACAACCCUUGUUGAUGGAGAAUCUCUACUCGGAAGGGUUCAGUGUUAGUUUAAGAGAUCUUUUCAUACCUGGGGACAUUUUAAAGAACAUCCAAGUAGAUAUUCAGAAAAUUUCUCGAUUGCUACGUGAUUUGAAUGCGUGUUAUAGUGAAUCUAUAGCGUUGCAGUUGGAGAAUUACUUGCGCAGUAUGAAAAAACCAGUUACAGACUUCAUUCUUGGAUCUUCUGCAAUAGGCCAUCUCGUAGAUUCAAAAAGUGAAUCUGCUCUCAGCAAGGUAGUUCAGCAAAUUGGAUUCUUGGGGUUGCAAUUGGCAGAUAGGGGGAAGUUUUAUACUGGGACUUUGGUGAAUGCUAUGUCAUCACUAUUCCAAAACAAGUAUCCUUCCAGUGAUAACUAUCCUACUGAGAAAUAUGGGUUGGUUGGUAGACCCCUCUUUCAAGGAUUGGAUCCAUAUCAGGAAAUGGUUCAUUCAAUCUCCAGUAGAGAAGUAAUUGUCCGUUCCUCUAGAGGGUUAACUGAACCAGGAACAUUAUUCAAGAAUCUGAUGGCCGUCCUUCGAGAUGUUAUGAUUUGCCAUGAUGGCACUGUGAGAAAUAUGUGCAGUAACUCGAUCAUUCAAUUUGAAUAUGGAGUUAACAGUGCCAAUAUUGCAAGUGAGUUUGCCACUGGCGACCCUGUUGGAGUGUUAGCUGCAACUGCUAUGUCAAAUCCUGCGUACAAGGCAGUUCUUGAUUCUUCCCCGAGUAGUAACUCUUCUUGGGAGAUGAUGAAGGAAAUACUGCUUUGUGGAGUCAAUUUCAAAAAUGAUAGUUCUGACCGACGUGUAAUGCUAUAUCUAAAUGAUUGUGAUUGUGGAAGAAAGCAUUGUCAAGAAAAUGCAGCAUGUGUGGUUAAGAAUCAUUUGGCGAAAGUCAGUCUUAAGGAAUCAUCAGUCGAUUUCUUGAUAGAGUACAAACGAUCUGAAACAGCAGGAGAUAGUUCUGAGAUUGGUGCUGGCCUUGUUGGUCACAUACAUCUCAACAAGACACAGCUGAAGCAGUCAAAUAUCAGCAUGAAUGAUAUUCUCGAAAAAUGUCAAGACACCAUCAAUCUAUGUCGGAAGAAGAAAAAAGUUGGCAACCUGUUUAAGAGAAUAGAUUUAUCAUUCAGCAAUUGUUGUUCUUUUUGCCAUUCUGCUGAAAGCAAGUGGACGGACACUCCAUGCUUGCAGUUCCUUUGGAUAGGGGCAAAUGAUGAUCAUUUAGAGAGGAUUUCUCAUAUUCUUGCUGAUACAGUUUGCCCAGUGUUGUUAGAAACAAUUAUUAAAGGUGAUCCUAUGGUUUCCACGGUAAAUAUAAUUUGGAUUAAUUCUGAUGCAACUUCAAUCAGGAGCCCUUCUAAGAGCCAAAAGGGUGAGUUGGCUCUUGAUAUAAUUCUUGAAAAAAAAGCUGUCAGGAAGAGUGGAGAUGCCUGGAGGGUACUCAUGGACUCCUGCUUACCGGUCAUCCAUUUGAUUGAUACCAAGCGUUCAAUUCCCUAUGCUAUAAAACAAGUGCAAGAAUUGCUUGGUAUCUCUUGUGCAUUCGAGCAGGCUGUUCAGCGUCUGUCCACAUCAGUGACGAUGGUUACAAAAGGCGUGUUGAAAGAUCAUCUUCUUUUGUUGGCCAAUAGCAUGACAUGUGGUGGCAAUCUGAUUGGUUUUAACGCCGGUGGUAUUAAAUCAUUAUCAAGAUCGCUUAAUCUCCAAGUACCAUUCACAGAGGCUACACUGUUUACCCCGAGAAAAUGCUUUGAAAGAGCUGCUGAAAAGUGCCAUGUUGAUGCUUUGACGAGCAUCGUGGCCUCUUGUUCCUGGGGAAAACAUGUGUCUGUUGGCACAGGAUCGCCAUUUGAAAUACUUUGGGACACUAGAAAGGCUGAGUUGAAUCAACAAAAUGGACUGAAUGUUUAUGAUUUUCUUCAUUUGGUAAGCAGUAGCUCCAACAAGGAAGAUAUGGGUACUAGUUGCCUUGGUGAAGAAAUUGAUUAUCUGGAUCAGGAAGAUGAAUAUAUGGAAUUUGACCUGUCUCCAGUCCGAGAUUCUGGUACUGAAAAGCCAACAUUUGAAGAUGGCAAUAGUUUUGCUCCUGAUGAGAAUGAAUGGGUACAGACAUCUACAACUGACAAAGAUAGUGGUAGUUGGGAUCAGGUAAAGAAAGCCGAAAGUCCUACACUUUCUGGCUGGGGGGUUGAGAAAGAUGGGAAGGAUGCUAACUUGGAUGGCAGUUGGGGGCAGGCACUCGAGAAAGUCCAAAGCUCAACUCCUGGCUGGGGUGUUGAUAAAAGUGAGAAAGAUGGGAAGGAUGCUAACUUGAACGGCAGUUGGGCGCAGGCAGUUGAGAAAGUCCAAAGCCCAACUACUACUGGUUGGCGUCUUGAUAAAUGUGAGAAGCACGAUACAUUCUCUGAAAAGGAACAAGAAUAUUAUCCAAAGGAUAAUAGGUCUGCUUGGGGUAAAAAGGUUGAUUCUGUUGAAAAGGAUCGUAUAGAAAAGGCUGAAAAAAGUACUUGGGCUAGUGCAAAUGCAUCCAAAUCUAGUGGUCAGUUCAAUUGGGGCAAGGAUGUUCUUACAGAAGAUAGUCGCCCGACACAGAUUCAAGAAGAGCAGUCAGUAUCCGUUUCUGCUUGGGGUGAGAAGCAAGAUUCUGAGGGAAAAGGUUGGAUGGAAAAAGAUGAUCAGAAUAAUUGGUCAAAUGCAAGUACAACAAAGCAAAAAAAUCCGUCCAACUGGGUCAGAUCUUCUGGUGAGAAGGAUUGGAGCGGAAGGGAUGAUCGAAAUACGUUGGCUAAUGCUGGCACACCGAAGUCAAGCAGUCAGUUUGGCUGGGGCAGAGAGUCAGAUGAAUCGGGUUGGAAUAAGAAGAAAGACCAAAGUAGUUGGGCCUUUCCGAGUACACAAAAGGAUAAUAAUAAGUCCAGCUGGGGCCAGGAUGCAGCUCAGACGGAAAAUGUUAUCCCUGUAAAAGCUCAGGAGGAUUCUUCACGGGCUACAGAUUGGGACGCAUUGGGUUCUGAUGGUGGACAAGCUGGAUCAGGUUCAUGGUCUUCUUGGGGUAAGAAAAUUGCAAAAUCCGAUGAAAGUGGUAAAGAGUCUGAUCGCUUGAUUUCUACAGCUGAUGGAGACUCUAUUGAUGUGUUGCCUUCAAAUGAAAAUCUAUGGGAAGCUAAAGUGGCUGGCCAAGGCAGUCAGUCAAAGCCUUCUAAUGCUUGGGCCUCUUCGAUUGACUGGGGUAAGGUUGAUUCACAAUCUCCCAGGGAAGCAAAGAAAGAUUCUCCUGUUAGUAAUUGGAAUCCCAGUCCAAAAGAGCCAAAUGACUCUGGUUUUACCCCUCGUAGACCUUUUGCUGGUAGAGGAGAUUCAAACAGAGGCCGAGGUAGGGGUCGCUCCGGUGGAGACUGGAAGAACAAUAGAGGUAGGGGUCGCUCUGGUGGCAGACAAGAUGCUUCUGAUGAUUUCAGUGCACUUGGAACCUUCACAGUGACGAGGCAGCGCAUGGAUUUAUUCACCGUGGAGGAACAAGACAUUCUUUCAGAUGUUGAAGCAAUUAUGAAGAAUAUCAGAAGAAUUAUGAACCAAACAGGGUACAAUGAUGGUGAUCCUAUAUCGGGGGAUGAUCAAUCAUACAUGGUGGACAAUGUGUUGAAUUACCAUCCUGAUAAAGCUGCAAAAAUGGGAGCCGGAUUAAAGCAUAUCAUGGUUAGUAGGCACCAGGAUUUCCAGGAUAGUAGGUGCUUCUAUGCAGUUUCUGUUGACGGUGCAAAGCAAGAUUUUUCCUACCGUAAAUGUGUGGAGAACUUCCUCAAGGAAAAGUAUCCCGACAAGGCCGAAGCUUUUAUUCCCAAGUAUUAUAGAAGGCAGCAAGCUCGUACUGGCUGGAAUAAGGAUCGUGGUUCUGCCUCAAGUGAAGCUAGAACUCUCGGCUGGAAACGGGAUCGUACACCUGCUCCAGAUGAAGCUGGAACUCCACGCUGGUGCCCGGAUCGUACUCCGGCUCCAGAAGAAGCUGGAACUCCUGGCUGGAGCCAGGAGCGUAAUCCGGUUGCGGAUGAAUCUGGAAAUCAAGGCUGGAACGCAGGCCAUCAAGCUGAAGCUGGAACUCCAGGCUGGAACACAGAACGUACUCCAGCUGUAGACGUAUCUGAAACUCAAGGCUGGAACACAGACAGUAGUAAAGCUCGAGAUGAAACUGGAGCUUCAGGUUGGAACAAGGGUCCUACUCCGGCUCGAGACGAAGCUGGAACUCCUGGCUGGUAGUAGGUUGAAAGAAAAGGCGGGUCAUUUUAACAUAUUGGCCGUAAAUCCUAGUUAGAUUUGUGGAUGUUCAGUGAAUCGCUUAGGCAGGCAUUAAUGACAUGUUAUGUUUUCAACUUGAAAAGUUGCACCAGAUGAUGGAUGGAUGGAUGUAGAACUUCACAUUAUUUUUAAUUGAAUUUCUGCUAUCAAUCUAGUGUUUCUUUUUGGA